CCUAUUUUCGGGAAUGUGGUCGACGCUUGACAGGAAAGGUUAGUUGAUCAUGAAGACUUUGCCACGGCUUGCGCCGCUGCAAUGUGAACUUUGUUUUGAGAUUUAAUCACGUAACAUACACCUUAUACUACCGGAGACCAUUUUGGAAUUAAUCGAGUGCGAUUGAAGUCAACAAAAAACCGAGAGGAAGUCUUCAAACAUCUGUAAUGAUCGAAAUUUGACGGAAGUAGCUUUGCCUGGCGAGUGUCUUGAUGCCAGUACUAGCAGUCAUGGAGCUGGGCAGGCAACUGUGCGGGAAGAUGAAAAAACAGAGGAAGGCGGAGAUGACCGUCCCUGCUGUCAUGAAAGGCCUGGAGAUCCACUUCUACCUGCCCGACAUGCACCAGCUCGAGUACUUCAAAGACUGCCACACUGCAGAAGACCUGUGCGUGGAGGCUGCCAAGAGAUGCCACAUCUCGCCUCUGUGCCACAACCUGUUUGCGCUGUAUGAAGAAAGCCAGGAUGUGUGGUAUGCUCCCAACCAUGUGUUUAAAAUCACAGAGGAGACGAGCAUCAAACUUCACUACCGUAUGAGAUUUUAUUUCACAAACUGGCAUGGUACCAGCGAUACAGAGUCUCCGGUUUGGAGACACUCUCUCAGCAAACAUAAAGGGGGUUUAAUAUCUCAGAAGGGCCCCGAGGGGACACCCCUCCUGGAUGCAGCAUCUCUCGACUACCUGUUUGCGCAGGGUCAGUAUGAUUUCCUGAGGGGACUGGCUCCUGUGCGCACUCCGCAGAAUGAAGCAGAGCUUCACGAAAUCGAGAACGAGUGUUUGGGAAUGGCCGUUUUGGCUAUUACCCAUCAUGCCAAGGGCAAUGAUCUGCCCCUAUCAGGAGCCGGAGCUGAGGCCAGCUACAAACGCUUCAUACCAGACAGUCUCAACCGGACCAUCAAGCAGCGCAACUUCCUUACACGCAUACGAAUCAACAACGUGUUCAAGAACUUCCUUAAUGAGUUCAACAGCAAGACCAUCCAGGACAGCAACAUCACCCUUUACGACCUGAAGGUGAAGUACCUGUCCACUCUUGAGACACUUACUCAAGGCCUGGGCCGGGAAACCGUGGAGCCCAAGAGCCUCAAAGUAUCUGGGGAGACAGAGUGCUCACCAGCCCACUCCCUUCCCAUGGGGGAUGAUGGACUGGACUACGAGGUGCAAGUUUCAGGAACCACUGGGAUCUCUUGGAGGAGAAAGCCCUUAAUGAAUCUGUUGAUUGUGAAAGAGAAAAAUAAAUCAAAGAAAAACAAGAAUGACAACAAGCAGAAGAAUGACAAGAAGAAAGACACCAGCAACGGAUGGAUACUUUUCUCAGACUUUUAUGAAAUCACCCACAUCGUCAUUAAGGAGUCUUGCGUCACCAUCUACAGACAAGACAAUAAAACCAUGGAGAUGGAUCUGAUUUAUCGCGAUGCAGCUCUGUCUUUUGUUGCAUUGGUGGACGGUUUCUUUAGACUGACAGUGGAUGCCCAUCAUUACCUGUGCACAGAAGUCGCACCUUCGUCAGUGGUCCAGAAUUUAGAAAAUGGCUGUCAUGGCCCUAUCUGCACCGAGUAUGCUAUUCAUAAGCUCCGUCAGGAAGGGAACGAAGAGGGAACCUACGUCCUGCGCUGGAGUUGCACAGACUAUAACUACAUCAUCAUGACUGUUGUCUGCGUUGAGAUGGAUCUGUGUGAGUCGAGGCCUGUUCCCCAAUAUAAAAACUUCCAGAUUGAAGCAAGUCCUCAGGGCUACAGGCUCUUUGGCACAGAGACGUUUAGGCCCAAUCUAAGGGAACUCCUGGAGCACUUACAGGGCCAGAACCUGCGCACAGAGAACCUGCGCUUCCAGCUGCGCAGAUGCUGCCCACCACAGCCCAGAGAAAUUUCCAACCUGUUGGUAAUGACCAAGAACCGAGAGCCUGUUGCCCAACGACAACCGCAAGUCAGCCAGCUGAGUUUCCAUCGCAUCCUUAAGGAGGAGAUUGUGCAGGGUGAGCAUUUGGGUCGGGGUACGCGAACCAACAUCUAUGCAGGUGUUCUGAAGCUGAAGAGUGAGGAUGAUGAUGAGAUGGGAGGAUAUUCACAGGAGAUGAAGGUGGUGUUGAAAGUCCUGGGCUCAGGACACAGAGACAUCUCUUUGGCCUUCUUUGAGACAGCCAGCAUGAUGCGACAGAUCUCUCAUAAACACAUUGCCCUGCUUUAUGGAGUGUGUGUUCACCACCAAGAGAAUAUCAUGGUGGAGGAGUUUGUUCAGUAUGGUCCUCUGGAUAUGUUUAUGCGCAUACAGACCACGCCUCUCACCACCGCAUGGAAAUUUCAAGUUGCCAAACAGUUGGCCAGUGCCCUCAGCUAUCUGGAGGAUAAGAAACUGGUUCAUGGAUACGUAUGCAGUAAGAACAUUCUAGUGGCUCGAGAUGGUCUGGAUGGAGAGGGGGGUCCCUUUAUUAAACUGAGCGACCCUGGCAUACCCAUUACUGUGCUGAGCAGAGAGGAGUGUGUGGACAGGAUUCCUUGGAUUGCUCCUGAGUGUAUACAGGACACAUCUAAUCUAAGUGUAGCAGCGGAUAAGUGGGGCUUUGGCACAACUCUAUGGGAGAUUUGUUACAACGGAGAGGUGCCUCUAAAAGACAAGAAGCUCACAGAGAAGGAGAGGUUUUACGCAGCCCGGUGUCAGCUGGCCACUCCUGACUGUGAGGAACUGGCCAAGCUCAUGACCCACUGUAUGACCUAUGACCCCCGCCAAAGACCCUUCUUCAGAGCCAUCGUCAGAGACAUCGACAUGGUGGAAAAACAAAACCCCUCCAUUCAGCCAGUUCCCACGCUCGAGGUGGACCCUACUGUGUUUGAGAAGAGAUUCCUCAAGAAGAUCAGAGACCUCGGAGAGGGUCAUUUCGGGAAGGUGGAGUUGUGCCGGUAUGAUCCUCGGGGCGAUCGGACUGGAGAGCUAGUGGCCGUGAAGUCUCUCAAACCAGAAAGCCGAGAAGAGCAGAGCAGUAACCUGUGGUGCGAAAUUCACAUCCUGAGGGAACUUUACCAUGAGAACAUUGUCAAAUACAAGGGCAUUUGCAAUGAAGAGGGUGGCAGAUCUAUUAAGCUCAUCAUGGAGUUUUUGCCGGCUGGCAGUCUGAAGGAAUAUCUUCCCAGAAACAAAGCAAACAUUGACCAGAAAACCCUCCUCAACUAUGCUGUGCAGAUUUGCCAGGGAAUGGACUACCUGGGCUCUCGGAACUACAUCCACAGAGACCUGGCAGCACGAAAUGUUCUGGUGGAGAAUGCGACUACAGUAAAGAUUGGAGACUUCGGUCUGACCAAAAGCAUUAAGAACAAUGAGGGUUACUACACGGUGAAAGAUGAUCUGGACAGUCCGGUGUUCUGGUAUGCUCCUGAGUGCCUGAUCCACUGCAAAUUCUACCGGGCAUCUGAUGUCUGGUCUUUUGGAGUGACCAUGUAUGAGCUUCUCACAUACUGUGACACCUCAUGCAGCCCUAUGUCUGUAUUCCUCAAGAUGAUCGGUCCGACACAUGGUCAGAUGACCGUCACCCGAUUGGUCAAAGUCUUGGAGGAUGGAAAGAGGCUUCCUAAACCAGAUGGCUGCUCUGAGAGGUUGUACAAUCUUAUGAGGAGAUGCUGGGAGGCGACACCUGAAAAAAGGAUUGAUUUCAAAGGGCUGAUUGCCGCCUUUCAGCAAAUGAUUGACAGUCAGUAACUACGGAAAUAUAAUGGGACUCAGACCGCACCUCUAGGAGACGACCCCCCUCCCCUGAAAAAAUAUGUCUAAAAGACGUAUAAUUGUGCCGUGUAGCACUCUUUUAAAUAUAUAUUCCCUUUUUAUCAAAUACAUUAUGACCUCAUAGAUAAACUGCAGGCCUUUUAAAUAACAAAAGACAACCACUCAAGCUAUGGCAAGACGCUGUCAGAAUAUGCAAGAUGUGCAGCCACCAGUCACUUGAUUGGCUUGUUUUUUCAAAUCCGGGUGGAGAAAGAAGGAAGAACCUUCUAUUGCUUCCUGUCCCGCUGUUGAUUCGAGUGACACUCAGCCCUUCUGCUUCUCAUUGUGCCUACAUGUAUGAAUGACCCGUCAUUUUCAAUGAUGCAUUACAGCACGUGCUGUACAGAAGCCCCCCAGUAAGGAAUGUGCAAUGACAGAGUCCAUCUCUGAGAACCGAAACCUGUUGAAGUUAAAAGAAGAUUGUUUGAAGGACGAGGAACGUAUCUGAAUGUUGAUUUACACACGGGUGUGUUUGAGUGGAUCACAACCCUUCUUGCGAGACUAUGGACGUGCAAAGUAUGUCGGACGCUCAAAGACUGUAUGUGUGUUUAUAUAUAUAUGUGUGUGUGUGUGUGUGAGAAACAGAAUGCGUCUUCGUUGGAUCUGUCCAGCUCGGAGCAGACAGCUGUCCUCCUUGGUGCAGCGAGGUUGGAAUGUUGGAAAAUUUCAGAGUGCCGUAUUACUGGAGAACUUAAACGAAAUAGUGUACGCCACUAUAUUGCCACAUUCUGUCAUUUCUCCCUGAGCCUCACAUCUGCCAUGCGAAAGCCGAAGUGAACGAUUGGAGAGCUGCAUGUGGAAGAAUAUUAUAUUGAUAUGUGGAAACCGUUGCUUUAAUGAAAUGCCUACAAUAUGCACUAGGGGACAGUAGAGCUUAUGAAAUAUCUCCCAAGAAAUGUCGUAUUGUGGGAUUCGCUAACUUUCACAAACCAAAUUAACCAUUUACUGCUAUAAAAUAUCUUAGUAUUUUAUCUGUUCUGUUUUUUAUCAAAGUGGAAUUAAAUGCAAGAUAAAUGAAUGUGAUUUGAUAAGGAAAUUGUGUGUGAAAUGAAAGGAAGAUUAGGUUGGGGAGAUUGAAAUUAGGAUAUCGUUGUAAAGCACUUAACUGUUAUUCAUUUAUCUGAUAGGAGGCUUUAUUAAAAAGACAUGAAUAUCAUAUCUUAUAUAGUAAAUCCUCAUACACUGCUUCUGAAAGAGAAAAUAUUCAUCUCGACACAAAGAUUGGUCCAAAAUGCUCCCUAGCUGUACCCCCUUUUUUUUUUUUUUAAAGGUCCCAAUAUGUAUCAUUUACUUACAGACAUGGGUAUUAAUAUGAACUUGUUGAUAUCCCUUAUAUGUACUCUCAAGGUGCAAAGGGGUGAUUCUCACGAAAUCCAGAUUUAGAAGGUGUCCAGCAUCAGAUUUUUUAAAAAAGCCGUUGAAGCCAAUUUUUUUUGUGCACAUAUAAGAUUAAGGUCUGAACUUACUAUAACCAUUAUUUUUAGAGGAUUUAAAAAAUAUUUCCUAUAGAAUUAUUUCUAUUUUUUUGAUUAUCAUUUUCAAAAAUUAUCAUUACUGCAACAUGAUAUUACAUUAAAUAUAUGCAUGCACAAACUCAUGUUUCGGUAAUGAGAACUAAUAAGUUGUCUAGGUACUAUGACAAACAAAAUUACAACUUUUAUCUGGAGAGAAAAAAUAAGAGCUGCUUACCUGGUAGCCAUCUCGAGUGUCACAGUCAAUUAUGUCCCUUCCAACAUUUUUUUUUUUUUUUGUCUAAAAUGUUAGUUCCUUGAGGGCUUAAACAAUGAUUAAAAUUGUUGCGGAGGAUGAGAAAUUUGGUCUUGGACACAUUUAUAUCUCUUAUUAUUGUCUCUACAUUUACCAAUGAUCACCAAAUACCACAUGUUUAUUUACUGUACUGUAAAUGUUUAUAGUAUAACAUGUACUGAAGCUUUUAUUUUGUAGAUUUUUUAAAUAUAAAUAUUUUCCUGUCAAAGAACCAAAAUUCAGUCAUGGACACGUUGCUGUAAUGAAAAUGUUCCACUUAAAUGUGAAAAAAUACAACAAAAUUGGUUUGUACACUGAAAAAAAAUAUUCAUUCAAUUUACUUUAAAAAAAUUUAAGGUAAGUGUUUGCAACCAAUUUAUUUAAGCUACUUUUAAACAACCAACAAAGAAAAAUAGAAAAACAAAACAAAAAACUUUUGUAAAUUAAAUGAAUAAUUUUUUUCAGUGUAUGAUGUCAUUUGAAAUCACGUGCAAAAUAGUACAUGAAGAGAUGUUUGUAACUGUAUGCUUCUUAUUUUGAUACUCUUACUUUGCAUUUACUUUUUUAAUCAAAAUGUUUCAUGACACCUCAUAAGUAUAAUUUAGCGAGAAUCACCAAAACUCGCAGUUAGGGACCAUUUUUGGACCAUUUUUCUGCAGGUGUAGGUGCUGUUUCGAAUCCACUUCUUCAUAGUGGUGUAUGAUGAGUUAAGAAUUGAAACACGAGAAACAAAGGAUGAAACUUAAUAACAGGCUUUAUUCUCCUGUUCUUUAAUGUGGAAUGCAAAACAAAUCCAUCUGCUCAAAAUGAAACCCCAAACCGGUUUUACUACAAAAAAAAAGAAUAACAACAAAAUAGUAUCCAACUGGGAAAAUGUACAUAAAUACACAAAAUAAAUACAGUUAAUAAUC